UGUGUUUUUUUUUUUUGGUGGGGCGCGUUGCUGUCAAGAAAGAUGGCGAAAGAAGAAUGCGAGGUGAACCGGUUAGAUCGAGUAGCAGCGGAAAGGAGCCCCGAAACCCAUGGACCUGACCCGGGAGACUUGCGGCGUGGAGCUCGGGAGCUGGCAGCUUUGUAUUCAUCCGGAAAGCGUUUCCAGGAGUGGAUAUCUGUCAUCCUCUGCUUCUUCUUGCUCAUCUUCAACUUCUGUCACCUCCUUGUCCACUUCCACACUGAUCAUAUUUCCUUCAUGCUGACUGGUGUUGUUGCAGGAAUUCUCUCAGCAGACUUUGCCUCUGGCCUAGUGCAUUGGGGUGCAGACACGUGGGGGUCUGUUGAGGUUCCAGUUUUUGGAAAGGCAUUCAUUCGACCUUUCCGUGAGCACCACAUUGACCCCACAGCUAUUACCCGGCAUGACUUCAUUGAAACAAAUGGUGACAAUUGUAUGCUGACAGUUGUGCCUUUAGCAAACAUGGCCUUGAAAUUUGUUUCUCUCUCACCAGCGGAGAUCUCUCAUACCUAUUCCUGGGAGUGCUAUAUAUUUGCUUUCGCUAUCUUUGUGACUCUCACAAACCAGAUCCACAAGUGGUCACAUACCUACUUUGGCCUACCCAGAUUUGUGACACUUCUCCAAGAUCUGCAUAUCAUCUUACCCAGGAAGCACCAUCGCAUCCAUCAUAUCUCGCCACAUGAGACCUACUUCUGCAUCACUACAGGUAUAAAGGUUCCUCGGAAUUUCAGACUGCUGGAAGAGUUGGAAGAAGGUCAGAAAGGAGUAGGAGAUGGGACAGUGAGCUGGGGUCUGGAAGACGAUGAGGACAUGACGCUUACUCGUUGGAGGGGAAUGAUUAUUGGACCACCCCGGACGGUGUACGAAAACAGAAUUUACAGCCUUAAGGUGGAAUGUGGCACGAAAUAUCCAGAGGUGCCUCCCUUUGUGAGAUUUGUCACCAAGAUCAACUUGAAUGGAGUGCACAGUUCAAACGGGGUGGUGGACACCCGUGCAGUGCCAGUUUUGGCGAAGUGGCAGAACUCCUACAGCAUCAGGGUGGUCUUGCAAGAGCUGCGACGACUCAUGAUGUGCAAGGAAAACAUGAAACUCCCACAGCCCCCCGAGGGACAGACCUAUAGCAACUAAAUGUCAGCAGCGGCGGCCAGCUUUCACUGUUUUUUGUCCACCACUCCUUCCUUCCGUCUUUCUGCUAGUGGCAUUUGUGCAGGCUUCAAUGAAAUUUCCAGCCUCGUGGUGACACUGCUGAGGAGCGCAGACAGAAUUCGAGUGAGCAAGAGAGACAGACAAAUGGUGACCUUUGGCUCCACAGGAAAAAAAAAAAAAGACCACUGAAAACGCCAUAUUCAAUAUUUUUUUAGUUUCCAUUACUUGAUUCGCCUCAUAUGCUGGCUGUGAAGUAUACAUCUUUAUUCCCGAAUGUAAAACUGUGUGACUUUUUUUUUUUUGGUUUUUGGCACAAUAAUGACAAACAAUCAGUACAGAACGUUUCUCAUUGGUUGAAUCCUUGUUUGCUACCCCAUACUGCACACGAGACCACCACCGUAAAGCGCGCCGCCGCUCUCCUCGCUUUAGCGUCCAGCCAGCCGUCAUUUCCCGCACUAUGCAAUAUCGAAAAAAGCACGUGAACUGGAAUCGGCUGCUGGCUCGCACCCAACACGAGGGGUCACGGAGGGUCAGCGACACCCACCACCCCACCUUCUCUCUUUUUUUUUUUUUUAACCCCCCACACACCCACCCCCAUUCUAUUUUGCGCUGUCAUUUGCUUAAGAUGACAAGACAUUUUUUUAUUUUUUUUGCUUUUCCCAUUCUGUACUCUGAGGUCAAGUUUACUGUUUGAUUAAACCCAAACCUCCCCAUUCGCCUUUCACCUUUAAUCGGCCACAAAAACAGAAAACCAAUUCAGUGCAACUUGCUAUGCUUUUUAUCAGAAAUGACUUGCAAUCUGCCCCACCGUUUGGGGGGGGGGGGGGGGGUGAUAAUUACUUGGGAAUUAGUCACAUUUCUCUGUCUUUGGUAUUUUGUGUGACUUUUUAUUGGAGAUGUCAUUGAUUUAUAUUGAUUUUUUUUUUUCUUUUCAAGAAUAAUUCAUAUUAGAAAGAUAUUUGUUAACUGCCAAAGCAGAGUGUUCAUGCAAAGUUGACAGCCCUUUCUGGAUACUGUUGGUUAAUAAAAAUACAAAAUACAAAUAGUUGAAAAAUACAA